UGAUACAGAUUCCUGAUACACUGGCCAUUUGUCUCUCCCCUGGAUUUGGCAUAAUGUCCACCGUGAAUCAAAAAAUGGCUCCUAGUGAGUCAGGCCCCCACAAAUCAUCAAAUGCCUUGGAGAUCAAGUCGAAUAAAGAGGUCCAGAAUUGGCUUUGGGGCAAAAUUAACGAGCCGUUUGGAUGCAUUUUGCUUACCUGAACCUUUGAAUAGUGCAGCCUAUGUAUGUCAUUCAAUUGUAGAUUGGUAAAUUGUAAAUUGUAGAAUGACUUUAUAUCCUUGAGAGACAAUAGAGUUCAACUCGUUUUGGUAUGCGGUAGCCAUAUGGGGCUGUUCUAGUGGAGACUAUGGGUCUUCUAUCUCUUUUAACCUGCGUUCCACCUGUUUCUUACUACUUGCUGAGAUAAUGCUAACUCCAAGCAAAGCCUUGAUGGCGAAGGUUUUGUUGUCAACUAUUUCACCUUGUGUGUACUAUGGAAGGACUAAAUGACAACAUGACCCUAAAGUAUUAAAGUAGAGACACUGUACCCUUGUUCAAACGCUAUACUCGACACCCUAGUAUAGCCAAUCCUCUCUUACGUGCUAAGGAGCCAUUACUCAAGGUGUAGCCUACUGCUAAAGGCUCUGCAGGGGGGGGGAUACAGGUCUACUGUGGAGCUAGCAGGGUGAUACAGUAUGUGGCUGCUGCUACUAAUUCAAUGUAGAGAGAUAGCAUCUUUGUUCAGGCCCGGUGACAACACCUGAAAAGAGGCUGAUAUGCAGAUUAGACCGGGCUGGGAGACAAGAUGCACAACGCACCAGAAUGUAACACAACAAGAAUUACCAUGCAGGGAGGAGAUUGAUCAGUAUGUUUACUCGAUUGCCCAUGUGAAGGUACAGGACAGGUUGACCUGGAUUGAAAGAUCUGUGGUUCUCCAAAUUAAGUUUGAUUAAAUUCAAACGGCUUUAUAGGCAUGUGAAAUGUACAAUUGCAUUGCUAAAGCACAUGAAGCAUACAAAAAUGAGAAAAAACAAAUGAGAUUAAAAAAAAACCGAUGCAAAAACAAACUAUAGAGUUAAGAAAAAAAUGAAAAAAGUAUACGGACAUUAUUUAGGUUUCCCUGGAAAGUUAACUAAGAUCAAAUAAAAUAAAAACGAUAUUUUAAAGGUAAAAUAACGCCAGAUUUGAGAAGAAUCUACACUCGGGACAUUUAAAUGGCUCCGUGAUUCCUGAGUCUUUUGGAAGGAGGAGUUUAACCCCACAUUGUCUGGGAAGAGCCCACAGGGUCUGGCGCCGCGUCCGGGGAACACCGCUCCGCUCUACUCCAAAAUAUUCGCGUAAACCUUACAGAAAUACAUACUCGGGAUUCAAAAGAAACUGGAAAACAACGAGUCAAACUUGGCGAUGUCGACAGAAAACGGACGUUAACCGAUGAGUGUGACCCUGAAUGAAAAAGUGUGUUUAGAGCAAGGGGAAACAGAGGAUGCUGCCCACACGAAGGAUACACUCUGAAAAAAGUCUCUAAAACGGGUGGCAAUGGGGAAUUCUGAGAGCCAGUACAGCAUCCAGGGGCCCAAAGGCACCAGCUUCUUCUUCCCCGUGAAACAGAAGCCCUACUCCCUGAAGUUCCCCUCCUCCAAAGAAGACGACCUGUCGCCCCACACGUGGUGGAAGAACGCCCCCCGCGGCUCGGGCUUCAAGGCCAGGUCUCUGGGCCGCGGCUGCCUGUCGCCGGCCAGGAGCCGCCCGCCUUACUCCAGCGGGCACUACGACUACAUCUCCCAGGGGGCCAAGGGGAGCCCCCUCAGGGAGCCCCCCCAGUGGUGCGGCGCCCCGGGGCUCGGCGCGCCGGGCAGGCGGGCCCCGGGCGGCUACCGGGACAACCCGUACGGCGCCGAGUUCAACGGGCACGCCGCCGGGGACGGCUGCGACGGCCUGGAGGAGCAGAGCAGCCCCCGGGUGGUGAUCAAGAAGGACGGGAGCCUGAGGGUGGAGUUCACCAACACCCCCGGCAGCCCCCUCGUGGUGGAGGAGGUCGGGGGUCCGGUGCAGCUCCUCAAGUUCUCCCCCAACGUGGACGCCGCCGCUGCCGCCCCGGGACCGCCGGGCUCCCGAGGGGGUCCGCCCCCCGGCCCCGCCUCCUCGAUGGCGAGGACCAGCAAGGGCAGUUCGCUGAGCUCGGACGGCUCCUGGUACGACUCCCCCUGGGGGCCGAGCGCGGAACUGUGCGCGGAGCAGGAGCCGCCGUGUUCGGCCUCGAGGACCCUGAUCCUCUCCCCCGGCCACGAGUCUCUGGACGAGCAUGAGUCCUCUCCCAUGUCCGUCCCAGAGCUGUACAGGGACCCCACUAUGGCCGCCACCUUCCCCGCAACGGUGGAGCCGGCCUGCCUGUACCGGGAGCACAGCCUGUCUCACAAACCGUACCGUGCCUCGUUUGCGUCCGCUCUGGACGUCCCAGCGGAGGAGGAAGAGGAGGGGGAGGGGGAGGGGGAGGAGGAGGAGGAACGCCUGGAGGCCCGGCAGUACUCGUCUUACACCCUGCCCUGCCGCCGGCCCAAGGCCCACACACUGAGCGAGGACCUGGGCGGGUGCCAAGACCCGGAGCAGUACCAGGCCGGGCCGGAGUUUGGCUUCCAGAAGAAGGACUCCAUCAAGAACCGCAUCAGGCGCCUCAGCGACUGGACGGGCAGCCUCGCCCGCAAGAAGAAGUCCCAGGAGCAGAGGCACAAGGCGCCGAGCGAUGCCUUCGACAGCGGCGUGGACGGCCUCACCGCCGACACCAGCUCUCCCUCCCAGGUCUCCAGCCUGCCCUGGUUCCCGGGGGCCUCGGCGGCCUCCCGGGCCCAGUCCCAGGGGGCCCUCCACCAGGCCAGCGGCGACGCCGUCCGCCAGAACAUCUACGAGAACUUCAUGAGGGAGCUGGGGGAGACGGGGGGCGGCCGGCGGAGCGGGAGCGGCGGGGCGGGCGGGAGGAAGGACGAGUCCACGGGCACGGGGGAGGAGGAAGACGACGAAGAGGAGGAGGAGGAGGAGGAGGAGAGGAGCAGCAGCGAGUCGCCAGAGGGCUCGCUGGAGCAGCUGGACCUGCUGUUUGAGAAGGAGCAGGGGGUGGUGCGGCGCGCCGGGUGGCUCUCCUUCAAGCCUCUCCUCACCCUGCACAAGGACCGCAAGCUGGAGCUGGUGUCUCGCCGCAGGUGGAAGCAGUACUGGGUGACCCUGAAAGGGUGCACGUUGCUGUUUUACGAGACCUACGGGAAGGGGUCCCCGGAGCAGGAGGGGUCCCCGCGCUACGCCCUGCUGGCGGAGGACAGCGUGGUGCAGGCGGUGCCCGAGCACCCCAAGAAGGAGAACGUCUUCUGCCUCAGCAACAGCUAUGGAGACGUCUACCUCUUCCAGGCCAGCAACCAGACGGACCUGGAGAACUGGGUGACGGCGGUGCACUCGGCCAGCGCCUCCCUAGUGGCCAAGCGGCAGGGCAAGGAGGACACGGUGCGCCUGCUGCGCGGCCAGGUGCGCGGCCUGCUGCAGAAGGUGGACAUGGACGGCAAGAUGAAGAAGAUGGCCGAGCUGCAGCUCACGGUGGUGGCCGACCCCAAGAACCGCAAGGCCAUCGAGAACCAGACCCAGCAGUGGGAGCAGAACCUGGAGCGCUUCAACAUGGACCUGUUCCGCAUGCGCUGCUACCUGGCCAGCCUGCAGGGAGGGGAGCUGCCCAACCCCAAGAGCCUCCUGGCCACCGCCGGCCGGCCCAGCAAGGCCGCGCUGGGACGCCUGGGCAUCUUCUCCGUGUCCUCCUUCCACGCACUGAUCUGUUCGCGGGACGAGGCCACGCUGAGACGGAGGAGGAGGCGGAGCUCCGUGACGCUGGCGUCCCGGCAGCGCAAGCGAGGCCUCUUCUCGUCUCUGAAGGGCCUGGACAACCUCACCCUGAGAGGACGGGACAAGAGGCCCUCUGUGUCCCAGAUCUUCGAGAGCACCAGCGGAGGUCAGCCCUACUGCCUACCCCCUACCGAGAGGCUGGACGUGCUGACCAACAUCUACUCCAUGUCGCCCCCCGAGGGCGGCGUCUGGGAGAGCAGCAGUGGUAGCGCUGGCAGCGAGGCACUGGCUCAUGUCCGCACGCCGGACGGUCUGACACUCCAGCUGCCCAUCAGGGCUGACCUCACCGCCGCCCAGCUCCUGGCGUCGGCCUGCAAGGUGAAGCAGCUGGACGCGGGCCUGCACGGCCUGCGACUACACAGCCUUACGGGACGGGCGGAGGAGGGCCGGCUGCUGGCCCCUGACGAGCUCCUCCAGGACACUAUGUGCGAUCAUCUGGAGGUGGUCCCCUUGAACGUGUUCAAUCUGCACAUGAGGAGACCCAGCGGCACGGGAGACUUUGGUUUCGCCGUGACGGGCCACAUCGACGCGCAGAAGAACAGCAGGAUCUUCGUGAACGAGGUGCUCCCUGACGGACUGGCCAUUGACAAAGGUCUGCGGCCGGGCGAUGAGAUCCUGGUGCUGAACGGUCGCUGCGUGUCGGGUCUGGACCUGGUGCUGAUCCAGACGCUGUUCGCAGAGCAGCAGCUCAGCCUGAGCCUGAGACGGGACGUCCUGCCCACACAGCCCCCCGCCCCCCCUCACGACGCCUCCUCGCCCCCGCGGCCCAAACUGGAGGUGCCGACCCCGCACCACCACCAACGGGCCAAGUCCAUCUCAGAUGUGCUGAGUGAUGGUGGUGAAUCCCUGGGCCUGGAAAACGGACACAGGCCUGUUCAACACAGCAAGAGCGUGGACACGGUGUGCACCCUCUACCAGUCCUUCCAGGACGGACCUGUCUCGGGGGCCAAGGGCGCGGCGGCGGCGUCCAACCAGGGCUCCAGGUCGGGCCCCGGCGCAGAAGCCGCCCCCGCCGCGACGCUGCUCAGACCCUGCCAGAGGCACAUGAGCCCCACGGAGAGACUGUGCAAGGUGAUCCAGGAGCUGGUGGACACGGAGAAGUCCUACGUGAAGGACCUGGCUUGCCUGUUUGACAUCUACCUGAAGCCCCUGCAGGAUGAAACCUUCCUCACACUGGAUGAGAUGGAGAGCCUGUUUGGCAGCCUUCCCGAGAUGCUGGACUUCCAGAGGGUCUUCCUGCAGACCCUCGAGGAGAAGAUCGCCUCCUCGCCCGACUUCAGUACCCUGGAGACCCCCGCUCAGUUCAAGAGGCUGCUGUUCUCCCUGGGCGCCUCCUUCCUCUACUACGCCGACCACUUCAAGCUCUACAGCGGCUUCUGUGCCAACCACAUCAAGGUCCAGAAGGUUCUUGAAAGAGUGAAGACGGACCGGGCCUUCAAAGAGUUCCUGGAUGCCAGGAACCCCACCAAGCAGCAUUCUUCCACCCUGGAGUCGUACCUGAUCAAGCCCGUCCAGAGGGUCCUCAAGUACCCGCUGCUGCUCCGGGAGCUGGUCUCACUCACAGACGUUGAGAGUGAGGAGCACUACCACCUCAACGAGGCCCUGAAGGCCAUGGAGAAGGUGGCCAGCCACAUCAACGACAUGCAGAAGCUCUACGAAGACUACGGCGCCGUCUUCGACCAGCUGGUCGCUGAGCAGACGGGCCACAACAAAGAGGUCACAGAGAUCUCCAUGGGAGAGUUUCUCAUGCAUUCCCCGGCGGUCUGGCUGAACCCUCACCCCUCCCUGGGACGCAUGAGAAAGGACCCAGAGAUGACCGUGUUUGUGUUCAAGAAGGCGGUGAUACUGGUCUACAGGGAGCACUACAAGCUAAAGAAGAAAAUGACCACCUCGCGUUCCUCGACAUCCCAGGGCGACACGGAUCCCUUCAAGUUCCGCUGGCUCAUCCCGCUGUCGGCCCUGCAGGUCCGCCUGGGGAACACUGCAGGCGCGGGCACCGAGACCAGCUGUAUCUGGGAGCUGAUCCACACCCGGUCCGAGGUGGAGGGGAGGCCAGAGACCAUCUUCCAGCUAUGCAGCAGCGUGCCGGAGUACAAGGCCAACGUGGUGAAGGUGAUGCGCUCCAUCCUGAGGGAGAACGUGAGGAGGGGCACCAAGGGCGACGCGGCGCCCGACCGAGGCUGCAGAGAGCGCCUGGCGCCGCUACGAGGCACCCUGCCGUCCUCCGCCCGCAUAGGUUCAUCCAGGGCCUCGUGGCUGUCCAGGAAGACCAGGAGCAACUCGACCCAUUCCAGCAAGACGAAAGCGGGGCCCGACUCGGACGAGAGCAGCCAGAGCAGCAGCGCCCCGGGCUCCUCCGGGACGGCCCCGCCCGGCACCUCCACGGAUCCCCGCCUCUCCCCGGCCCAGGAGAGCUGGUCCCAGGACUCCGGGUGCCACUCCCAGCCCAGCUCCUCCUCCGUGAAGGAGUCGGACGCGUUAAGUGACGAGGACGCCGACGCCGGCUUCGGCGGCUCGGGCGACAAGCGGCGGGAGAGCGCCGGCGCCCUGGAGGCCCGCUUCCUCCAGCUGCAGCUCUCGGAGGAGGCGCCCGCCCCCCGCGUUCAACCCGAGGGCGCGGAGGUGAACACGCCGGAGAGCCAGCACAGGGCGCCGCACGCCCACUACAGCCCCCUGAAGAGGAAACCGAGCGGGGGCUUGAGACGCAGCCCGGGGGCGCCGGGCAGCCUGAAGGGUCGCAGCAGGUCGCUGGACAGCCAGGCGGACACGGCGGCGGCGGUGGCGGCGACAGUCAUGGACAUCAACUCCCUGCUGGAGAGGGAGUUCAGCGUCCAGAGCCUCACGUCCGUGGUCAACGAGGACUGUUUCUAUGACCUUGCCGAUGGCCGUGCCGUAGACUCAGGGAACGACACCCCGUCCCCUUAGACUGUCGGCUGGGAGAACCAAGACGUGCCCAUGGAAACCGACACUGCAUACGUUCUCCAGCCGAGCCCGUUCGGAUCAAUACCCCUGUAUCGGGUUGGUGCGAUGGUGUCUGCGGUACCUGCUUGUUCCGGGUCGGGGAUUAAAAAUACUAAAAAGAAACAAUAGAUGCCUAUUGGCCAAGAGUCAGGAGAUUGACUGCCCGCCGAAGCGGAGUAUGCAAACUGCUGCUGCUGCAGUCAUUCUGCCAAGCACGGAUCAAUAACCUGGCUCCUCCCGGAUCUAUUCAGACUAUGCCUCCUCCCCGAGUGGCAACUCCCUAUUCUGGGAAAAGCUUACAGCGUCACAUCUACUUCAACCUGCGCCAAUUGGCAUCUCCUGAAUCAGGUUGCUGUUCCCCUGACCGACAGUCCAUACAAGAGGAUGCGGAAAACUGCCUCAAUAUUUCACUAUGCAGAUAAGUAAAGUUGGAAUAGAACGGAAAGCAGCUGAGCAGAAGCGGAUAUGAACUAAUGAGACCGACCCUGAAAUCCAGGUUCAACCAAACUUCCUGAGUGGAGGGUAGUCGACCCAGACGGCCAUGAGAUUGAUUUGUAAGGCCUUGUUUGCUGUAUUUUGUGCACUAAAAUACAUAGCUUGCCUAUACUAUUGAAUUUUGAUUCAAUGUCAGAAGGUUUUUGUCUUUAAAAUAUUUGUUAUUUAUUUAUCGGGAUGAUCAAUUAUGUUAGUGUUUCUAAGGUUCAUGUCUAAUUAACUGAAAAAUAUUUUGCCCAAAGUAAUUAUAGUGUGAUAUUUUAGUGUACUGGAUUUUCUUUUGUGGGGGCUGUCUAUUCCUGCUUUGAAUUUUUAACUGCAAUAAUAUUUAAACAAUCUUUUAUAUGUUUGUAUGUCUUGUAUAUACUGCUGUUUUCCAAAUUACUGUGGUGUACAUUUCAAACAUUUAUAAAUUCUUAUACACAUACUUGACAUUGAAAAAAGUUGGAAAUUGCUGUAAUAACGGCGGCUACUUUGGCCGUUUUAUCGACGUACUGGUUUGACAGUACAUUUUCAGGUACUAGACGAAGCAAAACUACUCGUACACUGUUACUUUUCAGCUUUAAAGAAAGACAUGCCUUUAAUGCUAGCAUACCAAUGAAUGUGAAUACCCUGUGCUUAUGGAUGAAUUGUUUUAUAAAUAAAAAGUUUUUAUCUGGGUUUGACA